CUUGAUUUCAGCGCAGAAGGUGACUGUCUGUCGACCACCUCGUCACACACUAGCGCUGACCGCAUAAUAGGGAGAUAACUUUUCCAUUUUGGUGGCCAACGAGCUCACGGAUACCUCCAUGUACACGGUUACUAGCGUCGUAAGCAGCACCAAAUCCUCAACAUUGAUGUCAAUUAACUUUUUAACCUUGUGUGCCACAGCAUUGGCAUGCCAUCUACCAGAAUGGGACGAGCUAUGCCGACGGGACGAGCACCGUCACGCAAUGCCCCAUUGCGCAGAACCAAUCUUAUUUACAGUCUUUUUUGGCCCAGAAUCAGGCAGGCACUUACUGGUAUCACAGUCAUUAUUCUGUUCAAUAUUGCGAUGGUCUCAGGGGAGCCCUGGUAAUUUAUGAUCCUGACGACCCUUAUGCAUCCCAUGUAUGAUGUCGACGAUGAGAGCACUGUGAUCACGCUUUCCGACUGGUAUCACGCAGAGGCCACCAUCUUGCGCUACAUCAUAGGCAAUGUUGCCGACUCCACGCUCAUCAAUGGACUCAGUCGAUAUGCUGGCAGAUCCAUGUCUGAUCUAGCUGUGAUCAACGUCGAGCAGGGAAAGCGGUAUUGCAUGCGCCUGGUUUCAAUGUCGUGCGAUCCCAACUUCCUGUUCUCCAUCGAUGGCCAUAACAGGACCGUCAUCGAAGCGGAUGGACAGUUGACCGACCCUCUCGAGGUGGAUCAGCUCCAGAUUUUUGUGGGUCAACGUUACUCUGUGGUUUUGGUUGCCGAUCAACCGACAGACAACUACUGGAUACGCAGCCUUCCUGAUACAGCCAAUGCAUCCUUUAUUGGAGGAACAAACUCUGCUAUCCUACGCUACCAAGGCGCCCUGCAGGUUGAGCUGACUACGGUCAAUACUACAUCCGCGAACCCAUUGGUGGAGACCAAUUUGCAUGCUCUGAUCAAUCCCUCUGCUCCUGGCAUUCCAGAAUAUGGAGCAGGCUGAUAUCAACCUCAACCUCGCAGUUUCCAUCGACAACGUAAUCUUCUACGUCAACAACGUCUCAUUCGCAGCUCCCACUGUUCCUGUCCUACUCCAGAUUCUCCACG